UUACUCAAGAUUGAAUUCGAUUAGCUUAUUCCCUGAUUUUAUAGCUUUCAACAUCUUGCUCAAUUGCUAUUGCAAUAUGGGUCGGAUUUCUGAUGGCUUUUUGGUUUUGGGAAAGAUUUUGAGGAGCAGUUAUAGCCCAAAUACUGUGACUUUCACUACUUUAAUUAGGGGGUUGUGUAUGAAAGGCAAGAUUGGGGAAGCGACUAGGUUGUUGAGAAACAUGUCUGCCUUUGGCUGUCAACCCAAUGUGAUUACUUAUGAUAUCAUUAUUGAUGGCCUCUGUAAGCAUGGUAGGGUUGAUAACGCAAAACAGGUUCUCUUGAAAAUGAAAAAUAGAGGAAUUUUUCCAAAUGUGAAUACUUAUAGCCCAAUCCUUUAUGGUUUUUGUUGUAUGGGGAAUUUGGAGGCCGCCAAAGGCUUAUUCCUUGAGAUGAUGGAUGGAGGAGUGCAGUCUGAUGUAGUAACCUUCAGUAUUUUGAUAGAUGCACUUAGCAAAAGAGGGAGGAUGGCUGAAGCAAAUCAAUUGGUAGACUUGAUGAUUAAGAGAGGUUAUCAUCCUGAUAGAUUUACUUACAACAUAAGAAUCAAUGCACUUUGCAAAGAAGGCAAGAUGGAAGAAGCAAAUAAAUUGGUAGAUUUGAUGAUUAAAGAAGGUCAGCAUCCUAAUGUAGUAACUUUUAACACGUUGAUUCAUGCACAUUGCAAGGAAGGAAGAAUGGAAGAAGCAAAGGCAUUGUUUGAGUUGAUGAUUCAGAAAGGACAACAUCCCAACACUGUAACUUAUAACACGUUUAUUGAUGCAUUCUGCAAAGAAGGAAGGAUGGAAGAAGCAAAUAAAUUGGUAGAUUUUAUGAUUCGGCAUGGUCAGCAUCCUGACACAAUAACUUAUAACACAUUGAUUGAUUUGCUUUGCAAACAAGGAAGGAUUGAAGAAGCAAGUAAAUUGGUAGAUUUGAUGAUUCAGCAAGGUCAGCAUCCUGACACAGUCACUUAUACUACAUUGGUUGAUGCACUCUGCAAAGAAGGAAGGGUUAAAGGAGCAAUUAAAUUGGUAGAUUUUAUGAUUCAGCAAGGUCUGCAUCCUGACACAGUAACUUUUGCCACAUUGGUAGAUGUGCUUUGCAAAGAAGGAAUGAUUGAAGAAGCAAUUAGAUUGGUAGAUUUGAUGAUUCAGCAGGGUCCGCUUCCUGACACAGUAACUUAUACCACAUUGAUUCAUGCUCUUUGCAAAGUAAGAAGGAUGGAAGAUGCAAAGGCAUUGUUUGCGUUGAUGAUUCAGAGUGGUCAAUAUCCUAACAAAAUUACUUAUAAUAUCAUGAUCAAAGGGCUUUGUAAAAUUGGGCAACUGGAGAAGGCAAAUGAUUUCUUAAGCAAAAUGGAGAAGAAUGGUUGUCCUCCUGAUGUUAUGACGUUUGCCAUUAUAGGCUGGAUAACUAUUGAUGGAAACUUGCUUAACUAGGAUGAAAUAUAGUUGAAGCUCGUUUAAAAUGUAGAAACUAACUAUUUAUGUAAGUUGGUUUUAUUUUGGAUAUGUGAUUCUAGUCUCAUUUUGGUUCAUGCUUCAGGCAACUCUUAGCAAGCCUCAUAAUAAUCAUCUUGAAGUGUUGCUAUCUGUAACAUAUGGCUUCAAAGGAAGAGAAGGCUUUGCUAUACUUUUGCGGUUUGCUUUGCUGGAACACAUGCUGAGAGAUGAUAUUAUUUUGCUGUAAGACGUAAAAUACUGAGUUCUAGUAUCCACGGACUGUUAAUGCUCGUGGUUGAGUAAUCUUAAGUAGGAUGUGCUAUGUUUCCUUAUUCUCCCUGGCUGUUUGCAGCCUCAUCUGUAAUACCAUUUGCUAUGGAUGAAUACAAGAAGAUUUGUUUU